AUUUAUAAAUAGCAACAAAGUAUACCUGGGCUGAAAAUAUAGAGUUGCUAAGCAUUACGGACACAAACAUACAAGGUCUACAAAAACUGCGGGGACGUAAUAUAUUGGCAGCAUUUAGUUGAAGGCUUAAAGUUACUGUGUAGUUAAAUCAAAUUAGCUGCCGGUUACAUUGAUAUUACUUAUAGCAAGUACACAAUAAGCUUGACACUCAAUACGCAAAUCACAUAAAUAUGUUGCGUUAAAAUAUCUAUGUAUUUAUAAGUGAGAGAUGAUUUUUUUAUAAGCUCUCUAAGUUACACGGCCAUGAAUAAUACAAGACUCAUCAUAAUGUAGGUGUAUAGUACAAGAGAUGAUAAAAAUCAUAGUUCUUAAAUCUAUAAGAGAUUUAAUACAUUGGUGCUGAAAUUAUAAUGGUUCUCAAGUCAAAUGCAGUAAAAUAUGCCAGUGUCCAAAUUUAAAAGACUAAAAAAACCUCUAUCUCAAAUAGUCAUUGAAUUCUAAAUACAUCUGAAAUAAAUAUCAAAGAAAUUUAACGUUAUAGGGAAUAUGUAACUACUGACAUUUAUUGACACAGCACUUAACUACCAUUGUUGAUAAUUUAAUGGUAACCGUAAUUAUAAAGCUGCUAAGCAUUACGGACACAAACAUACAAGGUCUACAAAAACUGCGGGGACGUAAUAUAUUGGCAGCAUUUAGUUGAAGGCUUAAAGCUACUGUGGAGUUAAAUCGAACUAGCUGCCAAUUGCAUUGAUAUUACUUAUGACAAGUACAUAAUUAGCUUGACACUUAAUACAUAAGUCACUUAAAUAUGUUGCGUUAUAAUAUCUAUGUAUUUAUAAGUGAGAGAUGAUUUUAUAUAAGCUUUCUAAGUUACACGGUCAUGAAUAAUACAAGACUCAUCAUAAUGUAGGUGUAUAGUAUAAGAGAUGAUAAAAAUCAUAGGUCUUAAAUCUAUAAGAGAUUUAAUACGUUGGUGCUGAAAUUAUAGUGGUUCUAAAGUCAAAUGCAUUGAAAUAUGGCAGUGUCUAAAUUUGAAAGACUAAAAAAACCUCUAUCUCAAACAAUCAUUGGAAUCAAAUACAUGCGCCAUAAAUAUCAACCGCUUCGUAGCUCUAUAGGGAACAAACAGCAACUGACGUUCAGUAGCACUGUAGAUAACUAGCUUUUAGGACAAUUCGAUGGCACCCCCCAGCCGUCAGAAAGGUGGUCUCGAAUACUUGACAAUAGCAACCCUGUAAUCAAUUUUAGUGUUUAGCAAUAAACUUAAAGUCAUCAGUAAAUUAUUUUUUUUUUGCAAAUAAUAUUAUUAUAAACAUAGAUAUAUUAAUACUUUCUGACUAAAUUUAAAGUUAAUACCUUCGUAAAUGUACUUCCAGUUUGUUUACUUUAAGUCAAUCAAAUUUUUCAUAAUGAUUUCUAAUAUAACCUAAAAAAAAUUGAGUACGUUUGACUAUUAAUAAAAAUAAACUGCUUAUUAAUCUCAAAAACAAUUAAAUUUUGUUAGUGAUUAAUGGAUGAAGACAGUGGUAAAAGAAUGAGAGGUAGAGCACGUGGUAGAGCUCGUGGGCGUGCUCGAGGGCGAAUACGAGGUCGUACAAAAAAAGCUGUUAAGAUAAUUGAAAGCGAUGAAGAAGAUACUCCUCAAGUAACGGAACAAAUUCAAAAAGAACCCGAAGAAAUAGAAACCGAACAGUCUAAUCUAGAAGGUUUUCACGAUCAACAGCAAUCACAACCACCUUCGACAGAACAUCAGUUCGAUUUAGAGGCAGAUAUAUCACAGUUGGAAGCGCCAACUUUCACUACAAUAAAUCGUGGUCCUCCAGAGCCUAUGCUGCGCUUGCGAUGGGAUCACCGUGUUAAUCUUAUUGGAGAAAAAGUUCUUAACCCGAUGAUUCAUUGUUGCGACAAAUGUCUUAAACCAAUUCUUAUUUAUGGGCGUAUGAUACCAUGCAAACACGUAUUUUGUUUAUUUUGUGGUAAACGAGAAGAUAAAAUGUGUCCUCGAUGCAUGGAAAAAGUCUCUCGAGUUGAACAAACAGGACUUGGUACAGUAUUUAUGUGCACUCAUGGAGGUACUAGAUAUGGUAACGCUGGUUGUCGUAGAACUUAUCUUAGUCAACGUGAUUUACAAGCUCAUAUAAAUCAUCGACAUGUAUCAGGUCCAACGCAGCCUAUUCAAGGAAUCCAAGUUGAUCCACCACAAUAUCUUCAUCAAAAACCAGAUAUUGAUUCACAAGUAGGAAAAGUCUUAUCUUCAUCAGUUUCUUCGGUUCGAAUUAAACAAGUACCCUCUCAUAUGGUACAGCCUGUAAUGGGCAAUGAUCCUCGCGUUAAUUCCAUAGUAAAUCAAUCGUCUCUUGAACAUCGCCAGCAACAUCGAUCACAACAGAUUAUGUCAAUGCAAAGCUAUUCUCAAAAUUCAGUAUCUUUGCCAACUAAUCCUCCAAUGAGAACAAAUCUCAUAACUGUACCUAUUCAAGAUACUGCAAUAACUGCUCAUGAUAUGCAUUCUCAGCCAACCCAUUAUUAUCCUCCACAACCAUCACAAGUAAGUUAUGGAGGAUAUAAUGUACCACCACCAGUUUCACAGGCGCAAAACUAUUACCCCGCACAACACUCUGGACAAGUGUCUUAUGCGGUGGCACAGUCGCAACAGCAGUACGUAGUUUCGGGUCCAGCAUCCAUCCGUCCUUCACCUAAUGGUUACAUGCAAGAUGCUCAGUAUGCACCACCACAACAAAUUCCUGUGCCACAAUCUCAAUGGUCUCAGCAUCGUCAAUUUUAUAGAUAAAUACGAUGCUGUUUUUUUUUUUUUGUUUUUUAAGUAAUUUUCAAUUAGAUGUUUAGUUUAAUCGAUAAUUUAUUUUUUAAUGAA